CAUUACUUGACUGCUAAAUGAGUCGUACAAUACAAUUGUAGAUAACUGUUCAGGUGUUUUAUAUUAUAUGAAAAGUUUUUUUUUCAUACACAUCUAAGUAAAUCUUCAACAUGAAGCAAACAUGUUAUUUCCAACAAGCGAUGUUGAUUGUUUUCCUACCAGUCAUCAAUGGAGAUCAUCACGUGAUAGGAAAUAUGAUGAACCUUUUGCUGAAUUUAACGGAACAUAGGCCACUGAUUCACCCUCUCUACCCGCAAAUCAGAAAUUAUGAUUCGAAAGCAAAAUAUGACUUCAUCAUAGUGGGGUCUGGACCAUCAGGUUCAGUUUUAGCUAAUAGAUUGUCUGAAAUACCAGAAUGGAAUGUUCUUUUACUUGAGGCAGGAGAAGAGGCCAACCAUCUAACAGAAAUUCCAUUUUUCUCUGGAUUUUUUCGGGGUACCAAAUAUGAUUGGGGAUACAAAGCAGAGCAACAAGAUGGAUUCUGCAGAGGUGAGUUAUUUCCAUCCUAA